AUGACCACCGAUAAUCUGAAUCAACCCCAUUUGUCCCCCGUCAGCUCCUUUAGCGCAGGUGCUGGCUCCGAUGGGGUUCCUUACUCGCGCAACCAUGCUCUCACCAACACCAAUAAUGCUGCUGCUGCUGCUGCUGCUGCUGGCUACCCUCGUGGCCAGCAGCAGUCCACCACGUUGAGCACCGUGAGUCCAGGUCGAAGUGCACCUGUGAGAGGGGUCGCUUCGCAGCAAGCUUCCACGUCUACUUCUAUCACCCUUUCCUCUUCUGACGCCAACGUCGUUGCCGCUCGUCCCAGUGCGACCACCGCAUCGACGCCUAAUCCAAAUUCAACCUCAAAUGCGCUCGCUCACCAGCAGCAGUCCAAUCUACGCUCCAGCUGGCACCGUCCGUACAGCAGCGGUGUGCCAGCCCCGGCCGUUGCUGUUCCUAUCUUCCGUGCAGCUCAUCCUGCCACCAUCCCGGCGCUCUCGAACAAUGCGCACCGAAAUGUCACCGCUGCACAGCUUCCCGACUCUCCCCCCGAUACCCCGCCACACUCGCCUGGCCUUGCCCCCGUUCGAUUGCCAUCCUUGGGCGAAUUGGGACGUUUACCUCAGUCACAGCGUCCUUCACCUUCAAGGCACUUUGAUGUCCACGAGCGAGCUCCACGCAGCUGGAGCCGCCCUCUACCUGCCCAUGCGCGCGAUGCGGACAUCUCGACCGAUGUCAUCUAUACCGGCCAGACCCCUUGUGACAGCGAGUUGGAAUCCGUUGCCGAAUCCGACUUCUCGGACGACACCUCACAGGCGACCAUCGAUCAGCUCGUUCAAGCAGCGCAGUCGCUCCUCCUUUCUUCGGCACCGGAUCGCACCAAUCCGCAACAUGCGCUCGGACCCGAAUCGGCCAACGUCUCGAGUAUCGCUACGCAGAGGGGCGAGCUCAUGCCUGCCACUCCUGAAAUCAGUCCCGACAACGACGUCCGCCACCAUGCACAAAAGUCUGCCCAUGCAUUUUUGCAUCGCAUCUUUGCAAACGUCCCUGGCGAUCUCUCAGUCGAGGAUGCUGGUGUGGAACUGAUCAGCCCUGGUUGGAGUGGCGCUGUGAUCAAAUCCGGCGCAAUCGCUCCUACUCAGCCAUCCAGCUCGAUCAGCUCUACGAGCAGCAGCGACAGCUCGGCUGACUCGCAGCGUACGCUCUAUGUUAGCAUGCCAUCCGUCGUCGACGCUACCUUGCUGAGAGAACAGGUGCUGGCAGUGCUCGAUGCUGCAAGCGACAAGCUUGGAUGUGACUCGGUCAUGGUCUGUCUCAACAAGGCAAUGCGUGACUUUGCCUCGGUCCUCCAUGGUCUCUGCUACGUUGGCGGUGCACUUGUUGCUGCUGCUAAAGAAUCGGAUCAGCUCGGAGGUGGACAUGCCAAUCUGCCAGAGACCGACCCCAUCUCGGGUUUGCAGCUUCAGAACGGCCUUGUGCUUGUCGCCAUUGAGCUUUAG